AUGACUAACUUUGCGGAUGCAUACGAACUCGUCAAGGGUGCCGGAUCCAUGUUCAUCGUUUUGAACGUCCCACCAUCAUUGGAUCAGUUCAUCGGGUUUAAAAGAUCCAGACUACGGGGCAAAUGCCUCGUUGGCCAGAUAGUCGACAUGGCAUACCUGAGAAAGAAAGCACUGUACAGCGUUACUGGUGCUCAAUACAGGGAAGAUUUACUCACCGGUGACCCCCAAGCGUACUUAUCUCGCGCUGCCAAAGAUGCGGUCGGAGGUUCUCUCGGCAUGUGGCCCGGGUACUUUGAGUACACGGGUUCAGCAAACGUGCCACUGGCAAUGCGGCCUUCCGUCCGUCCUUUCAUUUACCUGUGA